CGGUUUAAUAUUUAUUGUGUUGUAGUUUCGGUUUGGUUUCCUUCUCGUGUCUUUCCAGACUCCGUGUGGGAACUUGAUAAGUUGAUAUCCAGCGCGGCGUCAUCAUGACAUUCCCAAUACAGAAAGUUUUAAAAACUGCGCAUUCGAUAUUUUCUAAGUUAUCUAAGGGUGUGACUUUCGACACAGAAUCACUGUUGCCAAUCAAAUCAUUGUUAAAUCAAAUACGAAUGGCUGACGUCAACUUUGAGCCUUCCGUGUUUCGGAGAGGAGUCACUCCCUUUCAAGCGCCUGUUUCAUACGUCAAGUUAUACGAAGACAGAGUAAUGAGUGUUGGAAUAUUCGUGAUGAGGAGGGGUGCUAAGUUGCCCCUCCAUGACCACCCCGGGAUGUAUGGUUUGUGUAAACCUAUUUAUGGAGAAAUGAAAGUGAACAGCUACAGUCGAGCGGCUAUGUCGGAGGAAGAUAUACUGAGGAAAAAGAGCACACUGUCUGCAUCCAAAGAAAAUUUACUCCCGGUUCGUAGAAAGGACAGCAUAUGCUUGUCGGAGGAAGAUGAAUGUUGUGUUCUGACUCCAGAGUCGGGGAACUUUCACGAAAUCAGUGCCGUGGGCGAUCUGGCAGCCUUUUUGGACAUUUUGGCCCCACCAUAUGACUACGAAACGAUGACCAGAACAUGUCAGUAUUAUGUGCUUUUGGAGGAAAAUGAGAUAUCGAAUGAUUCCUCCAUCGAGUGGCUGUGUGAAAUUGAUGAACCUGGGAACUUUUGGUGCGACACAUCGGAGUAUAAGGGACCACCAUUAGAUGGCCUGUGAAUACUGCAUUGAUUAAACUUUGCUUAUCUUAAACAUGCUUUCAGUUUUUAAUUAUGAACAUGAUUACAUGGCAUUUACAGUUGGUACCAGUAAUUUUUAUUGUAUAGCAUUAUCAUGAUUAAAUUCAUGUAACCAAUGACAAAAUAUUUGCAGGCAAUUAAAUUGUUUUGACAUUUCAUUCAUUUAAUCUACCAGUAUAUGAUAAAUCCUUUAUAUGCAUAAAUGUAUUGUGGUAAUUAGAAGAGAUAUAGAACUGUACUUCUAAUUGCUAGCAACGGUUACUGAGUCUGGGUACCUACCCUACCUCGUAGCACGAAGGGAGACAAUAGGCAUGGUUUGUGACAAUGUUUCAAGGCUGACAUAAUACAUAUGAUAUAUGUAUACACAGUUUCACUCGCAAGCAUUGAUACUCAUGUGCAUCAUAUGCAUGUAAUAUUAACAUGAUUUUAUAGGCAACUUUUGUUUAUUUUUAGCCAUUACCAAUCAGUCAUGGGCAUACAUGUACAUUACAUAUAUUAAACAGUAUAGUCAGAGGAGUGAGAGGAACCUAUUGUGGUGGCAAAAAUCAUGUGAUUAACUUUGACUCAUUAUUUAUGACCCCCAAAAUGUUAAAAUAUAUUAAUAAAGGAAUCAAUAUUCUUCACAAUUAACAAUAUUGUCUAAAGAUAUUGUAACCUCUUUAUAUAAUUACUAUGUAAAAUUUAAAGCUUUAGUAGUAUAUUAAUUUUUUCAGCAGUAAUUUUAAGUAGACUGAAAGAAAAUGUUUUAUAGAUCAAGGUUGUAUCUGUUUUCAUGGAAUAGUUAUUUUGUUCUUUUAUGUCAACCAUUGAUAUGAAGUUUUACAAUAAAAAUACUGAACAUUU